GAAAGGUACUGAAUCCAAAACCAAGGUAGAAUUUCAAAAUAUACGGAGAAUCGUUGCAGAUGUCGUCGAAAGCGCCUCAUUUUUUCUUUCGAUAAUCGUAAUGUUAAGAAAGGCGAAAGAAAUUAGCAAAAUUCUUAUUAACAACAUCUACGUUUCGUUUGACUCAGAUCUGAUGAUUUUAUGGCUGAUCAUUGUACUGAAUACUGCGAUAUGGAUGGAAGCUACACCUCACAGCCGAUAUUUCUAGUUACAGCAUGUUGAAUCGAAUUAAUGAUUCCACAAUUGCUGCAAUUACAUACACAUAACAACAUCCUGCUGUGGUAACACAUGUAUUGCUACUACCGCUGUAUUCUUUACUGAGCCUGAAUUUGCUUACACACACUCACCUACACUGCCACUGAUUCUUUUUCCUGUUCACAAUAAGCAUUGUAUAAAGGCCGAAAUUUUCCCUCGUGUUGUUUUUGAAGUGCAAUCUCGUGUACAAAGUCUGAGCGAAGAAAUGAUGAAUGUACUAGAGGUUAUCGUUAGGGAUAGUACUUUACCACUGGAAUGAAGACUAUUUUUUCACAGCACCAACUGCAGGGGCGCUGGUAGUGAUACAAAAGCAUUAGCUUGUAAAACGCAUAUUUCCGCUUAAGAUGUCUAAAUGAAGGAAUGGAUCCCUGGGUGGCUCAGGUAUUACCGUUUGUUUUCAAGUUCAUCCCAUUGAAUGAUGAUGAUAAACAACGGUUAUUCAGCGCUUUGCUAUCGUUCCAUAUAAGCAAGGAUUAUCUAAGAACACAUCAAUGGUUCCCACAGGUCACACCAUUAGAAUUUUGUAGUUUUUUUAAAUCCGUAGAUAGUGAUCCUAGUUUAGAGGUAGACAAAGAUACCUUAAUAGCUGUUAAGGGUGCGGCAUCAGACGUAUUCUCAGGGUAGUUAUUCAGCCCAUUAUCUACGAAGAGGAAUGAAUUUUGUAACCCGCAUGUUUCAAUAAUAGAAGGUAUUCCUCUACAAAACGAUUGCGUAAACUCGCUUGAUAACAGCGGAAGAGUGAAAAAUUGUGAUUCUCCAGUCCAAGCAUAGGUACUAUUUAUGGCGUUUUCAGACAAAAUGGUAAGAAGUCAUGAUAUUUACAGUAUGGUCUUGAUUAAAGGGCUAAGGCUAACAUCGUCUACUUUGAUAGACUCUUCUCGAAGGAUGGAUCGCUAUCGCUGCUACCACCAGUUAUAGGUCACACAUCACAUGCUGCUGCAGUUCUGUUAUAGGGUAUGACACCCACAGGAGCAUCUGUCGAUUUUCUCUGCAAAGGACUUUUUCUUAGACGCAAUGACAGGGCAUUAUCCACAUCUUCAGAAUCGUAUGAAGACAAAUAAUCCUUAAGAUAUCAUUUUCACUUUUUUAGAGCAUAUUCGUUGUCCUUUAUUUUCGGACCACGAUAUAGCCACUAGUUGUAAUUAAAAUGCAUAUUGAUUAAUGAUGGAUGCAAUCAUAGGGUGAUAUAUUUUCUCAAGAAGCAGUCUCAGCAAAAA